UUGUGUUCCAGGGGAAAAGUAGAGUAAAGGGAAUUCGCAUAGAAGAGGAGCAUGGUGGUGAUGCGUGCUUUCACUGCAGGAAAAUCUCUUCCAUACCCAUUUCUCUUCGCAGUCGCAUCUCUUCAAAUCUUUUCUGGAUUAGCCAAAGAUGACCCAUCAGGAACCAAACAUGAAAGUAAAGAAGUGAGUCAUGGAGCUUCAAGAACAGUGUUUGACAUUAUUUUAAUAUGCCUUGGUAUGGUGACUGUCAUAGCAUUUUGUGUUUUUCUUUUAAAAUUAUGGCAAAAGAAGAAGAGAGAAGAGCAGCAUGCUCAGCUUUUGAAGUUGUUUGAAGAUGAUGAUGAACUUGAGGUGGAACUUGGUAUGCGAGAUUGAGAGUCAAUCUCCUGUACUAUUCACUUUAGUAGAGGUGCACAUUGUUUUAUUUGUCUAUAAGGCUAUGAUCUUCUUCAAUUCAACUCUAACAUGGUCUAUUUUGAGAAGUUGAAAUUAAGCAUUAGCCUGUCACCAAUUUGGUUUAACAGGGGAGUUUUAGGAUUCAAUUCCCAUCUUGUAGCUUAACAACUUGAAGCAACUUUAUAUUGGUUGUACUUAACAAGGUGAUAUCAAUCAAUAAAAUUUUUAUUUAAGGUGGGUAGUCAGAUUGAAACUGUGCUUCCACUAUAACAUCCAAGUUGUUUCACCUCUUAGUAGUCCUCUACAAAAUAUAUUCGCAUUUGAGUUCCUUUGCUUGUUGCAUUACAAGCUAAAAGACUAAGGCGUUUAUAUCUAUUCAAACAGGACAGUUCCUUCU